AUGAACGCAAAGUCAGAUCCAUGGACAAGGUUCACCAAACUGAGGGAUACCAUGUACAGAGGAUCCGCAUUGGUUCCAUUGCGCCAGAUGAUCCCAUUGGAAGGGAAUAGGCCAGUGGAUGAGGAUUUCGUGAAGCAGCAUUUCCUCCAAUGGGGCAAUAGGAUCAAUCAUGCUGCAAAUGAGAUGUCUGGUUUGUUGCCAGAUGACCAGCCUAUUGAUGUAGAGGAUUUUCCUAGGGAUGUCCCAGUUCGAAUAGCACAUGGGCAGCAUAGGAAAAGGGUACUGGAGAUGCACAUACAGAACUUGAUGAGGGAGACAUGGGAGUCCGAUCACCCUGGUGAAGAUGUACCCCAGUUCACCUUGGCCCAGGUACAUGAGCACCCUCUUGCAUACUGGAAUGUGCGGUUAUAUGGGCACUGUGACAACAUACAUUCGAACCCACCACUUGAGAAGGAUGCUCUAGGACAUAUAUGGAGAGGCCUUCAAGAGAAGGAGACAAAGGGGAUGGUGGAUAUAUGGAGGUGUAGCUCAUUGGUUGAGAGGGUCAAGGAGCUUAUGACCAUUCCUUGCUGGAGGGAGCGGAAGAGCUUUGGUUAUGUAGAAGAAUGGACGAGCAAUGGGAUGCAUAGGCUAUACUCGGAUGUUCUGAAGAUCCACAUUGCACAGCUAAAACAGCUAGUGCACCCUCUGGACAUCACCACCGUCACAGAGGAACAGCUAAAAGUUUCCCACCCGAUACAGCUCAAGUCACCUCCCUCGUGGCGGUCUCUGGAGAAAGAGAGCAAUGAGGUGUAUGCAGGAGAGGCCCUUGAGCGUGCGAAGCUGGUCCCUGCUGAUUUUGACAGUGUGUUGCAACCCAAGGGAUGUGAGAAAUGGGUGUUUGACUGCCAUCAUUUCCUUCAUCCUGAAUAUGUCCAAGCAAAAAAAUCAAACCUGAACUAUGAGAUGGCCAAGAUACGUCGGUCCUUUGCACUGUUCACAUUCAUCGUCUUUGGGCCUGAAAAACUCAAAUCGAUGAGUACUCAUGGCGGAAGUAGGAGGCAAGGAGACAUGGACCACUUUCGUUUCACAGAGGAUGACCCAUUCUUGUUUUGGGACACCACCAUCCCACUUUGGUGCAAGGAAAUCGGUGUUGAAGAAGAGGGUGUGGUGGAAAUGCUGGCCCAAACACCAUUGAUACACAAUGCUGCAGUAAAAGUGAUGAUGAAAGGAGCAAGCGAGGCUGGACAAACCGAACUCGCAAUGGAAACAGUGAAGCUCUUUGAUCGCUCUACUAUCAGUCGAACGAUCAAAGAAAGAAGUCCUCCUACACCUUCACAUCUGGGGUUACAAUAG